AUGGACCGAGACCGCCAGCCGCUCACCGUCGCGCCCUCGUCGACGGUAAACGCCAAGCCGCCCAAAUUCGUGCGCUUUGCAUCGGCGCCCUUCGACGCUCGCCGCACGCGCAGCCUCGACGACCCGGCGACGGCGCAUUCGCUCGCCGCAAUCGAGGCAGCGCUCCAAAAGUGCGGGGGCUCGGCGAGCGUGGAGGCUAUCGCUCGCAUCACGGGCGAGAGCCGCGUCUCGCUCCUGGCUCUUGCGCAGGCGCUGCCCAAGCGCCUUGCCGUGCUGCCGAUGGCGAGCGCGGCCAGCUCGCUUUGCAUCUCUAUUCGCAGCACAGCGUCGGGUGGGUCCCUUCACGCCGGCGAGGAGAGCCGUACAGAGGAGGGCCGGCCCUGGCUGGUGGUGCAUCCGGCCGAGCUGCGCCUUGCGACCUCGACGGCGGAGACGAGGCGGACCCGUCUGGUGCUACGCAACCCGCACUCGCGCGCGGUCGGCUUCAAGGUGAAGACGACUGAGCCCGCAGACUACUGCGUCAGUCCAAACUUGGCUCGGAUCGAGCCUCUCGAGGAGGCGGAGAUCGAGGUCGUGCUGCAGAAGAGCAGCCGUUUCGUCCGUGAGUCGCUCGGCGGCGUCUCCAAGUUUGUUGUGCUCGCGGUGUGGUCCGACGACGGUGCGAAGCUCGCCGAGCAGCUCGCGCGGGCGCGAAUCGCGCCGCCCGAGCCGGCAGAGGAGGAGGCGAGCCGCUGGACGCCGGAGGAGUGGCUGCGCCCGUCGCGGCGGCUCCUCGCGCCGCCACCGCGCGGGGAGGGAUGCGCUGCCGGCGCGUCGGCCUGCCGCUGGAGCUGGCUGCGCCUCUCGCGCUUCGCUUGGCCAGUUGGCUCGACCUGGUGCCGCCCCGGGUUCGCCCGCGCUCUCGAGGCGGAGGAGGUGUAGCCGCGAUGCAUGGCGAGGGCGGGCCAAGAGAGGGACCUUGCGGGAACUACAUGCCGCUCUGGCCAUGUGCGUGUGUGCUUGGGCGCCACGGCAGGAGGUCAGAGCUUCCCGAACGGUGGGCCUGAGAGAGAGACGCGCGAGCGUCCGGGGUAAGACCGCCACGCCGCACUGUAAUAGAGUUGUUCGUCCAUGGCCGUGUACGUCUGGCGUCGUGGGUCGCGUCAGAGGCCGAGUGACCACCGUCUCGGAUGGUAUGUCGGACGGAGACCGAGUAGAGUGUGUUGUUCUUGUUGCGCGGUCUGUCGGUUGACAGUGACACAUACACACAUGGCUC